AUGGUAGAGAUUUUAGAGAACGUAAUCCAAAUUUCCGUAAAUCUUAAUCCUGAUCCUGUCGUCCCAGGACAAACCGAUAUUUUUGAAGUUAGCGGAACUUUAGACUCGGAUUUCACAGAUACAGCUUACAUAUUUGUUGAUUAUUUUGGAAAAAACUUAGACGAUCCUAUUUUAUUCCAGCUUUGUAAAGGGUGUCAAUAUAAAGCUAAAACUCCAUUUAAAAUAUCCUUGAAAGUCUAUACACCAUCCGUCUUAUCUGAUUCUUAUGGAAUCAUGGUUUAUAUUCAAUCAGAAAAUUUAGAUUUUCUAGGCUGUGCAAUGGCCCUAGUUGGCGAUGAGUCACCACCUAAAGAUGCAUCUGCGCUUCCUAUUCCUCGAUAA